UUUGGGCUCCCUGUGGUAUCGUUUGUAGUUUCCAGUGCCUCACGGCAAAACGUAAAUCUUUGACAAAACUCCUCUAGUCAGUCAAAACCCAAAGGAAGUUGUUUUAAGGUGAUGGCUACCUCUCAAGAACCAAGCGAAGAAGCCCAUAAAGUUGGAGAUAUGUUUGCUGUGUGYCCUAAGAAAGACUGUCCUCAUGUUGAGCCACUGGUGACAAGWACUGCUAAUCUUCAAAUCGAUAUYACUCAAAAAUGCAAAGAUUGCAGCAAUAUUGGUGAAAACUGGGUGUGUUUGAAAUGCUCUGAGGUSUACUGCAGUAGGUAUGUCAACAGUCACAUGGUGACUCACAAUGAACAAGACCCAACUCACAUGAUUGCAUUGAGCUUCAGCGAUUUGAGCUUCUGGUGUUAUGACUGUGAUAGUUACAUAGAAUCCCCAUUCCUUAAAGGCAUUUCUUCUGCUGCUGCAGUUGCUAAGUUUGAUGUUCCAUCACCCCCACCGCAGUUCAGUGCAAAGUCUCUUCAUUCCACUCAAGAAGGCCAAGAGAACAUACCAUCAUCAAGCGAGUCAACAAAGAAAACAGAAACGUCAUUCCAUACAAACAGUUCCCUACCUAAAGAUGUACUUUUGAGUCGAAUGAGAGCAGUGCUGUACGGGAAUUGUAUUGGCGAUGCAAUUGGUUUAUUGACAGAGUUUAUGACUAAAGAAGAAGCACAAGAAAUUUAUAUGGCAAAGAAAAAAGGCUGGUUUGGAUUGAAAAGCCCCACAAAAAUAGAGAAUCUUCAACUUGAGUAUAGAAUGAAGCAUGAUGAUCUACAUCGAUUCAGAUGGCAGAUAGGAGACUGGACAGAUGAUUCUGAUCAGAUGAUUUUAAUCCUAAGAACUCUAUUGGACUGUAAUGGCAAGGUAAGUCAACUGUUGUUAGGUUUGGGGUCAGUUCACACUAUGACAAUUUAUAUGGCAAAGAAAAAAGGCUGGUUUGGAUUGAAAAGCCCCACAAAAAUAGAGAAUCUUCAACUUGAGUAUAGAAUGAAGCAUGAUGAUCUACAUCGAUUCAGAUGGCAGAUAGGAGACUGGACAGAUGAUUCUGAUCAGAUGAUUUUAAUCCUAAGAACUCUAUUGGACUGUAAUGGCAAGGCUGAUGAAAUCGACUAUGUUAAAAAGUUCAAGGUCUGGGUUCGAACCGGCUACAAGGAGCUAGGUGAUGCGGGAGGAAUGGGGAUAGGAGCAACGACACAUAAGGUCGUUCAUCAUCCAGAUUUCCUUACAAAUCCACAUAAGAGUGCAUUCGAGGUCUGGGACAGAAGUGGAAGAUUCCUAGCACCCAAUGGUGGAGUCAUGAGAACCUCCAUCCUCGGCAUACAAGAYUUCAGUAACAUGGAAACUGUUAUAGAAAAUACCCGAAAUAUAUGUAAAGUAACCCAUGCAGACCCAAGAUGCAUUGCGUCAUGUGUUGCCGUGACAACAGCUAUUGCUUUGAUGUUACAAGGAAAACACUGCAAGGGAAGUGACUACUUAUACGAUGAGAAAGAGAUUUGUAACCAGGCCUAUGAGUAUGCUUGCAGGGAACUGGAAACUACCAAACAGAAAAAGGAGUUAAAAUACCACAUGUUUGCAUCGACCCUGGCUGASUUAGAACUGAGUGAUGAAGAGAAAAUAGGUUACACUUACAAGUGCUUGGGUGCCGGUUUCUGGGCCUUCAGACAGARGGAUUUUCGUCGAGCGAUUACAGAAAUUACAAUGGAGGCUGGUGAUGCUGAUACUAACGSUGCWGUGGCUGGUGCAUUACUGGGAUGUAAACUUGGCGUUGAGAAGUUGCCAGACUCCUGGCUGAGUGGCCUACUACACAAACAAUGGCUGGAUGACCAAAUAGACAGAUAUUUCGUCAUGAUUGGAUUGGUGUAGACGGAUAAAUGCAAGAAUAUUUAAGAUUUUUUUAAAUAGUGAAUAGUCGAGUUUCGCGAUCUCUUUUACGCUGUGUUAGCCUCAAUUGUGUGCUAAAAUAUUCAGAAAUGUAGAUAAAACUCGUGAGAUUUC